AAAAUUAAACCAGCAGGUUUUCUCUCUACUCCUUCAACACGACGGUUUAAAGCUGACAUAGCCAUGCCUGGCUAUCCAUAUGAUUGUCGUCUUCUUAUGACAACUGCAAUUCGUGAUUGCUCUCUAAGGACUGAAGAUGAGAUACACGAGGAUAAUAUUUUGAUUAGAGAGUUCUGUGAGAAAGUUCGUAUUAGUGGGAAAGACCUUGUUCUUCCUCCACUUAGUGGAUUACCUAAUGGGUACAAAAUGAACUUUAAGAGAAAGGCACAGCGUAAAUCAUACAGUUAUGAAGGAUAUGACCUAAUCACCUCUGUUGAGACUUCUAUUCGAUACGAUGCAGUGGAUCACCCAGAAGAACAAACGAAGAUUGAUAUACACAUUUUCAGUGGUGAUUGUGACAAACUUCUUUCCAAGGACCAAGGUCAUGAUUGGAAACCUAGUGACAUCAUUAAUUUCAUCCCCAAAAUGAUGAAAUUUGUGAAGGAUGAUCUCUCCAGUGUUUUGAGCUAACCUGAAUGAAGACUGGAACGUUGACUUCUUGCAGGACAUAUGUUGUUCACUUAUUAAUUAAACAUCAAUUGUAUGAUUUGCUAUCUUUCAAGACAAUGCUGUCAGUAUGCCAUAAAUGUACGUGUUGAUCUUCUAUAGAGCCGAAAAAUGAAAUUUACUGAGCCAUGUGGAGCUUAUUGUAGUUUAGCACUGUACAAUAAUAGCACGGUACGUACAAUUUGCUGACAAAUGAAU